AAGACAGAGAACCUUGUCAGGAGGACUGAAGGAAAGGAGCCGGGCUGCAGUCCUCUGCCUGCCUUUCUGUGCCAUCAUCUCCAGGAUAAAUGAAAGGGCCAUUCAGGAAGCAGCACAGCACAAUGGACAGAAGUCUAAGGAACGUCCUUGUGGUUUCCUUUGGGUUCCUGCUUCUCUUUACAGCCUAUGGAGGUCUGCAGAGCCUGCAGAGCAGCCUGUACAGUGAGGAGGGCCUGGGUGUAACAGCGCUCAGCACCCUCUACGGAGGCAUGCUCCUGUCCUCCAUGUUCCUCCCACCGCUCCUCAUCGAGAGGCUGGGCUGCAAGGGGACCAUCAUCCUCUCCAUGUGUGGCUACGUGGCCUUCUCCGUGGGCAACUUCUUCGCCAGCUGGUACACUUUGAUCCCCACCUCCAUACUGCUGGGGCUCGGGGCUGCCCCGCUGUGGUCUGCGCAGUGCACAUACCUCACGAUCAUGGGAAACACACAUGCAGAGAAGGCGGGAAAGCACGGCAAAGACAUGGUGAACCAGUAUUUCGGCAUCUUCUUCCUCAUAUUCCAGUCAUCCGGUGUAUGGGGCAACUUGAUCUCAUCGCUGGUAUUUGGCCAGACUCCCAGCCAAGAGACCCUUCCAGAAGAGCAGCUCAUGUCCUGUGGGGCCAGUGACUGCCUGAUGGCCACCGCAACCACCAACAGCACCCAGAAGCCCUCCCAGCAGCUGGUCUACACCCUCCUGGGCAUCUACACCGGGAGUGGUGUCCUGGCUGUCCUGAUGAUAGCCGCGUUCCUCGAACCCAUACGAGAUGUUCAGCGGGAAAGUGAAGGAGAGAAGAAAUCACCGCCUUUCUGGUCCACUUUACUGUCGACUUUCAAGCUAUAUAGAGAUAAACGUCUGUGCCUCUUAAUUCUGCUGCCACUGUACAGUGGAUUGGAGCAAGGAUUCCUCUCCAGCGAAUACACAAGGUCCUAUGUCACCUGCACCCUGGGCAUCCAGUUCAUCGGCUACGUGAUGAUCUGCUUCUCGGCCACCGACGCGCUGUGCUCCGUGUUGUAUGGAAAGGUCUCGCAGUACACGGGCAGGGCUGUGCUCUACGUGCUGGGUGCAGUGACCCACGUGUCCUGCAUGAUCGCCCUCCUGCUGUGGAGACCUCGUGCUGACCAGCUGGCAGUGUUCUUCGUAUUCUCUGGCCUGUGGGGCAUGGCAGAUGCCGUCUGGCAGACACAAAACAACGGAGAGACUUCACCAUUCUGGCUUUAUCUGGCAAACACUUGGGGCUUAGAAAAUGGAAAAAGCAAACCCACAAACGAAGUACAGGCCAAUGUUUCUGAGAUAAGAGACCUGGCUGCUGUCCCUGCACUGAGGAUAAAGAGCACAUGUGACCUCAUAGAUCGCGGACGGAACACUCCAGCCAUGUCCUUUCUUGCCUUCCUCGUGGGUUGCCUAUCAUAGGAUAGCUGAAAAUCACCUUUGAACAAACCCACACUGUUGGAUUUCAGGAGCCGUGUUUCACAGUCCUUUCUGCUGCCCCAGUAAUGCAGAUGGACCUAGUGAAGCUCUUCACCAAAAUGCGUGUGUACUUGGCCCAGCGCCACGCUCUGGCUUGUCGGGAUCAAGGCCUGGAGGCUGGAAGGGGUAGACUGGACCCGAGGCCAGGCCAGGGCAUUGCUUAACAGAACAAAUACUGAUUUAAUGGAGGGGAGACAAACAGCAACUCACUUUGGUGUUUUUGGCAGUGCAGAAUUAUAAGCUAGUGGCAUGUCACGUCGCUGUAGGACUCUUAGCUAUGUUACCAAUAAGCGUCACACAGCAUUUGUUUAAACUGUCCCCUGGAUAUGUGGCAGAGCCGGUGUUUUACUGAGCUCCCCAUAUGCACAUCCCAUUACCAGAAGUGCACAGUGACUUAUCUGAACUUACAUGAAUUUUAAAAUGUAUUUACACAUUAAAUGAAAAGGAGAACACUAGGACAAAUAUCCCCACAAUAUUCCAUACGAUAAUUCUCUAAAUGCUCCCAAUGAAUGUGAUCAUUCAUAUUUGGUUUUUGUUCUUCCUGGGCUAUGUGAAUAGUGGACUUAACUCUCCUUUUCCUCAUAUGGACACAUGGUACUCUCAGGGAAAGUCUUGUUGAAUUGUGCAAACAAAGUUACCUAAGGUCAAACAAAGAGUAUGAAUGUCCAAGUCGGGUGAAUGACUGGAAUAAAGACUCCCUUUAAUAAGGGAUGCUAAUUUAAAUUGAAAUUACUUCUGUCUUUCUGUACAGGAAAAAGUAACUUUUUUCAUAAAUAAACCAAAUUGGCUCGGCAUGAUGGCUCACGCCUGUAAUCCCAGCACUUUGGGAGGCUGAACCAGGCAGAUCACUUAAGCUCAGGAGUUCGAGACCAGCCUGGCCAACAUGGUAAAACCUCAUCUCUACUAAAAAUACAAAAAUUAGCCAGGUGUGGUGGCACAUGCCUGUAGUCUCAGCUAC